GCUACUUUGAUCUUACUGAGCGUUUUUUUCAGCUGUCAUACCAUCAGUUUUGACUGCCAAGUUUUUUAUAAUUUCUACUUGUUUACUGUUAAUAGCCAAGGUUCUGUUUAUUGAUAGAAGGAUCUGCUCGGUUUCUUUUUUUGCUUACACUCGGCUGUAGGCAAAUGUUUGACGAUAUAUAUUGUAACAAGUCUACCUGUAAUUCCAAACAAAACUAAAGAUAAUGUGAUCAGCACUAAUGGCACUUAUCAAACUGUUGCAAAAUGCCAUCCACUCAAACUGCGGAUGCUGAGCGAGACCCGCGCUACUGUCGCCAGUGGAAAUGUCAGGUUUCAGUGGGUGAAUUAUAUAGAUGGAUUUUGGCAAAACUUUCUGACAAAGAUAUUAAGCGGGCCCUGCAUAAAUACCGAGAUUUAAUGCCUAGACAAUCAGAUUGGAAUAGAAAACUUACACAGGCUACGAGUAUGCCAGAGCUUGGUUUCCGAUAUUUGUAUCGAUGUGGACAGAUAGAUGAAAGUAAUCAUAGAACUAUGCAGAAAAUGCUAAAGUACAUCGAUCGUCAAGAUGUUUUGCCAUAUUUUGAUACAAUUUUAUACAAUACCAACCAUUCAAAUUGUUCUCUGGAAGAACUGCAAAAAGUUCUUUUGGAUAAAGUUAAUGUGUUUCUAGAAUAUUCCUCUACAUUAUCUGAAGAAGAGGUACAUCCAGAGCCUGCAUAUGAAAUUAUACGACGUCAACCAGUUGAAGGAUCACGAGUUACAAGAUUAAGUCUGAAGCGAAAAUCAUCUGUCGGUAGUCCUGGUAAUAUUGCAUCUGUGAAACGAGGGCGCCGGUCUAUUGGAUGUUCAUCAGAGACAUGUCAAGUUAGUGAUUUUGAAAAUUCACCUCUUCGAAACUGUGGCAAAGUGCGAUCAGCAAUUAUUUCCAAUUCAUUAAAUGGUCCUGUUGUGCAUACCAUGCUUUCAGCGUCACUUAUUAGUAUGUUGGCAUCUUUACAUACUACUUUAUCUCAGUCGUUUGAUAAUCCCGGUGUUUCAUCAGUAAUCCCUAAUACAUUUAAUACCAAUAAAACUGGAGGUUGUGUCGACAAUCAGAGCUCUUCUAUUCCUAAGAAUCCUUUGAUUUUUCAUUUACUGGCUAUAAUCCCACAUUUGAUUUCUGUUUCACGUGCUGCGAAUCAGUUAUCUAAUCCAAGUCUACUAUCUAAUCCGACACUACCUUCUCGGGUAUCGAAUCUUCCAAAUAAUAUAAAUAAUAACAAUAAUGCAGGGAUUUUCGGUCCAAGAUUUCCUGGCAUUCAUAACCGACCAGUAAUCAAUGCAGAUAGACGACUACCUCAGCAGGUCCAGGAACAUGUAGAUCCUGCUGCUCCAGGCGUUGUAGAUAAUUUAAAUCAUGAGCAGAAUGUUCCGGAGCCAAUGCACCCUGUUAUGCCUGGCAUCCGUGUGCCAUUCAUCAACCCUCCUAACAUGGAAGGGGAUCGUCCAGGUGGACUUAUGUUUGCACCUCAACCUAAUGUUCGACUUGCAGAUAGUGGAUCCCCUCCUGUAGUCUCUCAACAUUCAACAAAUCCUCCUGUUCUAUUAAAGCAUGUUGUUUUAUCAAGUGGAGGAAUAGGUAUCACUACCUCGCCACAUGAUUCAGUAAUCCAUUAUUACUGUAAUAUUAAACUGCAUGUCAAUAUUGAUUUUGGUCCUUCUACAGAAAGUUUAAGAAGAAUUCAAACAGUUCGUCAAGACUUUUUAGAACGACAGAUUGAUUUUUUUGUACAAGCAUCGAAUUUAUUAAAAACUCGUUCACCGAAUGAAUUUAUUUGUAAUCUACAAUUUACACGACUUAAUCAACUGGAAGAUUUUUGGGCUGAUUAUCAAUCAGGAGCAUUACGACAUUAUCUCAUGUCUGUACUGAGAAGUGAAAGAAAUCGAAGCUUCUUUGGUGAACCACCACAACAAGUACCUUCCCAGUCGUCAUCAUCUGUUGAACAACAUGUUGUGCCUGAUGCUGUAGGUCAACAAAAUCAAGUGUCAAAUGCUGUAGACAAUGAAAGAAUAGAUAUAGCUGUCCCUUCAAUGCCUAGUAAUGCACCACAAAGUUCAACUGAAAACAAUUCCAAUGAUGUAGUCAGUAGCAGUAGUGUGACGCCAACCAAUCCAAAAUCGUUUGGAUCAAAUUCAUUAGAACAUUCUAAUCAUAGUCCCAUAUAUUCAACCACUAAUUUAGCCUCAUCUUUAAAUAUGGCACAAGAUCAAAAUUCACUCAAUAUGUUAACAGCUUGUAUUGAAGCAUUGGAUCGUUCGUUCCAUCGUAUGAGACGUCGUGAAGUCACUAGUUCAUCUUUGCCUACAGAACAAGUGAAUGACUUUAUUAGAUUUGAAUUGAAUUUAUUUGUUUCACGUAGAGAAUAUGAGAAUGGUCGAUGUUUAUUAAUGCGUAAUUUACGUUUUAUGCCGAGUUUAUGUCAGUUAGUUUCAGCAUCGUCAACAAUGUCACCAGAUAGUACUGUUAAUUCUGUCAAUACAACAACACCAUAAGAUCUCCAGCAAAAAAAAAACGAUACGGAAAAUUCUUAUAAAGUCUUUCUGAAUUAUGUUUUUUUUUAUUUACUUGAGAAGAAUAAAAAGCUGUGCUGUUCGGUUCUUUGACAUUUUUUCCGUUCUAUAUAUUACUUGUAUGUGUUGUAUUGUUUUUUUUUUAGGAAACGUUUCUAUGUCUUAUAAAAAAUGAAACCGCUGUUACUUACUUUUUCAAUCUGAAUGUCAGCAAUGGACAAUAAAUAUAUCUUUGUCAAGAAAAAACACUU